AUGACUAGUACUGCAGAGAUAUACGCAAACUCACCCCGCUUCCGGCGGCGGUCGAGUACUUUCGUCGACGCAAUCCACGAUCUACCUACCAAAGAGGAAAUGGCCCCAGCCCAACUCUAUAGUACAGAAUCAGGCCGCCUUUUCCAUUCCGGCCGAAUAGUCAUCGCCACCUGCGGACUGCCAGCUCGGGGAAAGACACACACAUCUGUUGCCUUAGCCCGCUACCUGCGAUGGCUGGGUGUCAAGACGCACGUGUUUCAUCUUGGCGAUUACCGUCGCGCUACGCUAGGCCCGGAAAACGAUGUGCCCGACGAUUACUUCUUCCUCAAUGCAUCGCCACAAUCUGUUUUGCUACGCAAUAAGAUCUUGAAAAAGUGCCGUGAAGACAUCUACCACUUCCUGGAAAACGACAAGGGCCAAGUGGCUAUCUACGACGCUGUAAAUGCCAUUAGCCAAGGUCGCAGAUCGUUGGCCAAAGAAUUUGCCAAGAAUGGAAUCCAGACAGUCUUCAUCGAAUCACAUUGUACCGAUGAGCGUAUCAUCCAAGAGAACGUCCGUCGUGUCAAGAUCUCUUCACCGGAUUAUCAAGGGUGGAAGGACGAGGAUGCUGUCCACGACUAUCUGGCACGUAUCAAUGCACGGAUACCACACUUCGAGACCAUGGAGGAGCCUGAUUUACAUUGGAUCAAGAUGAUCAACGCUGGCGAGAGAGUGGUAGUGAACAACUGCGCAUUCGGAUAUCUCUCGCAAAGAAUAGUCUUCUAUCUACUCAAUCUCCACAUCAAGUCACGGCAAACAUACUUUGCUCGAGCCGGGACUACGCGAGAGGAAGAUUCUUACAAAGCAGAUGCAAGCCUCUCACCAGAAGGUCAUGAAUACGCUAAGAAGAUGAGUGAGGUGCUCCUGAAGUACCGCGAAGAGGAGAAGCAGAAGCUGAUUGAGUCGGGAGCAACCGAUGCCUCCUUGAAGCCACUGACAAUCUGGACUUCUACACGUCGAAGGACUGUCCAAACGUCAGAGGUUCUGGCUUCUAUGGGCUACCGGGUUAGGCAGCGAUCGCAAAUGAGCCAGAUGAAUCCUGGUGUAUGCGAGAAGAUGUCAGAGGCCAAGAUCCGCGAAGAGUUCCCUGAUGAAGUUACCAAGCACGAAGCAGACCCUUACCACCAUCGGUAUCCGCGCGCAGAGUCGUAUCACGACCUUGCCGUACGCAUGGAACCCAUCAUUCUAGAACUUGAGCGUGAAGAGAAUGACCUUCUCAUCAUCGCUCAUGAGUCUGUCCUUCGUGUACUUUACGGGUACCUGAUGGCAUGUAAUGCGGCCGACAUACCCAAGCUCGAGUUUCCUCGCGAUGAGAUCAUUGAGAUCAUACCCUCAUCCUACAACAACGUGGCAAAACGCAUCAAGAUUCCUGAUUUACCUGAAUCGAUGGUUCCCGGAAGCCCCGAAGAUAUCAAGAUCCCCGUUCCCCCAAGUGGCGCUGUAAGUCCACUAUCUGGCAUGGGUACUCCUCAAGCCGGUUCCGGCACUGCGACACCUCAACAUGGCAUCCAACCUCUGAAUCUGAAGUCGCAUAUUAAUCCCUCUUCCUGA